GUAUCUACCUGUGAUAACUCGAAAUCCAUGAGGUAUAGUGGGGUGGAAAACCUAUAGAAAGUGAGGAUUUGGUAUGGAUUUCGACUGGUUUUCUUCUGGUAAAGGCUUUGAUUGUUCUUCCUGGAGAUGUUUUGAUUUACUUCUUUUGUAGACGCUUUCGAUAUGUUUUCCUCUUCUGUGGAUGUGUUUGAUUGGUUUUUCUUUGUAUACGAUUCGGGUUGGAUUCUUCUCGGUGGGAUGUGUUCUUGUUGGAGGUUUCGGUUGAAGGUUACUGCUUGGUUUGCGUAUGUUACCCAAAAUUGUUUGACAGUGAUUUCUGAUGUGUUCACAGUAGGUUUUCCUAGAGAUUUUGGCUGGUGUUCGAUGAUUUGAGGUUGAGUUGUGUUGUGUUUUCCAUGAUGAACAAGUUGUAGAGAGUUGCACGUUACCUGUUUGUUAGAAUGGGUCACAGAGAGGUGGAUUCGUUAUUGCAGCUGUUGGGUCACAGAGAGGUGGUCACGAAUAUAACAUAGGAAAACAAAUUUGUGUUGCCCAAGGACCACUGCGAUCAAAUGUUCCCGUGCGGCCCCAACAGUUAUUGCAGCUCCAACAUCUCGCCGCCGUGCACAUGCUUGCGUGGGUUUCAUCCGAGGAAUCAACAUAACUGGGACAUGCUGGUCGGAGAAGCCGGCUGCAUGAGGACGAAGCCUUUGGACUGUCUAAAUAAUACCGAUGAAUUCUUCAGACUGAGUGUCACGAAGUUGCCCGACGCGUCCAGAUCGACAGUACUCAAUGCAAACUGGAACUUUGAGGAGUGCAGGUUUUUUUGCUUGAGCAACUGCGCAUGCAGAGCAUAUGCCGCAUCGAUCAUAAGUGGGAAUGGGAGUGGCAGUGGCAGUGGCUGCUUAAUAUGGACAGAGGAUCUCACUGAUAUCACCGUGAAUGGCAGUGGGCUAGGACAAGAUCUUUAUGUCAGAUAUGAAACGGCAAAUAUUUGCGAGCAACUAAGCAAAACUGAAUAUAUCAAAAUCUAUAUAUGUUGCAGUCUUUUUACUUAUUCUGUUAUAAACUGUUGUAAUCUUUCAGCAUCACCAUCUGAAGCCCGUCAUGCUAAUCGUAAUAUCUUAAUGUUUGUGAUUCUUCCACCGGCAAUUCUUUUCCUUGCUUGUGUUGCUUACUCGAUUUGGAGGAGGAAGAAGACAAGUUCUCAUAUUGACUAUGAAGCAGAAGAAAAGGACAUGGAAUUGCCAUUGUUUGACUUGACUACAAUUAAAGACGCAACCGAUGACUUCUCAGCAGACAACAAGCUUGGUCAAGGAGGCUUUGGCCCUGUAUACAAGGGUAAAUUGGGAGACGAUCAAGAGAUAGCAGUGAAAAGAUUAUCUAAGACAUCGUCACAAGGAGUGGAUGAAUUCAAAAAUGAGAUCACAUUGAUCGCGAAGCUGCAACAUCGAAAUCUUGUUAAGCUUCUUGGCUGUUGCAUCCAAGGAGGGGAAAGACUCUUGAUCUAUGAAUACAUGUCCAAUGGAAGCUUGGACAACUUUCUGUUUGAUGAAGUUCAAACUGUAUUACUGGAUUGGAGAGCAAGGUACAACAUCAUUCUCGGUGUCGCUCGAGGUCUACUUUAUCUUCACCAUGAUUCAAGGUUAAGGAUUAUUCAUAGGGAUCUUAAAGCUAGUAACAUUCUUCUUGACAAAAAUAUGAAUCCCAAAAUAUCAGAUUUUGGCAUGGCUAGGAUAUUUGGAGGAGAUGAAUCCGUAUCAAUUACCAAAAGAGUCGUCGAAACCUAUGGCUACAUCUCUCCUGAAUAUAUCAUAAAUGGUAUUUUUCCUAUGUUUUCCUAUGGGUCACAAAUUUGUUUUCCUAUGUUAUUGCAAUAACUGUUGGGGCCGCACGGGAACAUUUGAUCGCAGCGGUCCUCAUGCAGUGAUUUCUGAUGUGUUUUCCUAUGUUAUAUUCGUUAUCUUGCACAACAGCCUUUAAAAACUCAGUAUUCUAUUUUAUUUGAUACAUGUACAC